CAGAGGCUGGAUGGAGGUGAGUGGCCAGCCCCUGGGUCCAGAGAUGAGCGUGGGGCCUGGCUGCAGCCUAUGGGGUCUCCCAGGCUGGCCUCCAGGUGUCCUCUCAGCCUGUCCACAGGCGCUGCCCAAGCGUGUGGCCUACCUGGUGCUGCCUGGCCUGUCUCUACGAACCUGUACUGGCUCUCCCUGGAUUACUGGAUCGCAGUCGAAUCCCCUGUCAGAAUCCUGGUCCCCCUUUAUCACACCGGAUCAGCCCCGAAGGGCAGGGCUUCUUGCAGCAGUUCCAGCCUUUGCUGGGGGUUUCCAGCCCUGUUGAGCAAGCCCCAGGUGCUAACGGAUGGAAGAGUUGUUUCUACCUUUUGGCCAUUGUGGAUGAUGUUGCUAUGCAUAUUGGGGACCCGCCCUCCAUUUCCUCACUUGCCUGCUCUUCCGUCCUGCGAAACCGGGCAGUGGCCGGUGACAGCGCAGGGUCAGCCCUCGGAUGGCCAGAAAUAACAUCUGCUUUGCUGCCGAGCUCAGAGGAGACCCCAGACCCCUCCCGCAGCCAGAGGGCUGGAGCCUGCUCAGAGGUGCUUUGAAGAUGCUGGAGGCCCCGCCUCUGCUGCUGGCGUCUGUGUUGCUGGGCCUGGUGCUGCUGGUGGUGCUGCUGCUGCUUCUGAGGCACUGGGGCUGGGGCCUGUGCCUUAUCGGCUGGAACGAGUUCGUCCUGCAGCCCAUCCACAACCUGCUCAUGGGUGACACCAAGGAGCAGCGCAUCCUGAACCACGUGCUGCAGCAUGCGGAGCCCGGGAACGCACAGAGCGUGCUGGAGGCCAUCGACACCUACUGCGAGCAGAAGGAGUGGGCCAUGAACGUGGGCGACAAGAAAGGCAAGAUCGUGGACGCCGUGAUUCAGGAGCACCAGCCCUCCGUGCUGCUGGAGCUGGGGGCCUACUGUGGCUACUCAGCUGUGCGCAUGGCCCGCCUGCUGUCACCAGGGGCGAGGCUGAUCACCAUCGAGAUCAACCCCGACUGCGCCGCCAUCACCCAGCGGAUGGUGGAUUUCGCUGGCGUGCAGGACAAGGUCACCCUUGUGGUUGGAGCGUCCCAGGACAUCAUCCCCCAGCUGAAGAAGAAGUAUGAUGUGGACACACUGGACAUGGUCUUCCUCGACCACUGGAAGGACCGGUACCUGCCGGACACGCUUCUCCUGGAGGUGCAGUGGUCUGGUGUCUUUCAGUCCGCUGACGUCUUCUGUAUCCCUGAUGACCAGAUUGGGCUCCUGAGUCCCCUGGCGCAACCCGAGAAGUCCAGGAGCCCAGGCCCCUCACUCAUGCAUUCCCUGGCCCGGACUGGAAGGCAGCCGCCCUGCUCAAGGCCUAGGCCAUUGUCCUCCUCCUGGGUGGCGAUUUGUUCUACGUCUUUUCAGCUGAUAUUGCUAGGACAUUUUUUUUUUUUCCUAAAUGAAAACACAUCAUGAUUCAUGGUGGUACUUUCUGUUCAACUCUGGACGUUGGGGCUGUCCCCUGAUCUCACUGACCUUGCAACCGUGUGGUGUCCAUACUGUCACAUGAAAGCCCCCUGCUUUCUCUGCAGCACACAGGCUGGAAACGACCGCCACCCACCACCAGGACAGCUGCAAGCCCUGUGGGACUCUCCAGGCCCAUCCCAGAGGGGUGUGGGGUCGGAUACCAGUGUUUCAAGGCACCUGCCUGCAAAUUGAUUUUAUUAUACUUUAGAUGUUUGAGAUUGCUUGUUAACUUUUGUUUGGUGACUAAGUCAAAUCUCCAAGACAAGGUGACUGGGGUGUCCCUUGCCCUGGUAGGUCCUUCCUCCCCAUAGGCAAACACUUCCUCUCAAGGUUUCUUGUUUAUGUGAUGUAAGCAAACCCUUUUCUGAUAGCUUAGAUAGGCAAGCAUCCUAUGAGGUUUCUCCCGAUAGUGGACCCCACGGGCCAUGCCCUAUGGCUGCGUGUCCAGUAACAACUCCUUCCUUCUGCACAGAACCCAGGCAGAGGAACUCUGUGUCCUCCCAGGGCCCAGGCACUGGUGAAGAUGGGGGGUCUGCAAAUGCAGGAGCUUGGGGAUGUCCAGAACUGACCCCAAGGGGCAGGCUUGUUGGUGGGAGGUCUGCCCCACCUCAGCCCUGCAGGGUCACCCUGGUCAGGCCAAUAUUGUCUCCAGGGACCAUACCAGCAACCCCUCUCCCUGGGUGCCUCUCCCUCAUAGGCCUGAGUUCCUGGCACUGGGUGUUGAGGGCCCCACUGUUUCCACUCACCCAGCUAGCAUUUAUUGAGCACCUACUGUGUGCCACAUGCUGUUCUAAGGGAUGGAUACUCCUGAGAUGGAUACAGGAGUUGAUGAGAGAAAGGUCCCUGUCCUCACGGGGCCCAUGUUCUGAAGGUGGCACCCAAGUCUUGUACAGUCCUUUCCUGCAGGAGUCACGCUGGGCAGAAAGUGGAAACCUGGCCCAGGGGCUAGGCACAGGCAUGGUGCCGUGGCCUAGUGAGGAGCACCCAUCCUGGUUUGGGGCAGGUUCUCUGAGCACCUCUGACCCUCACCUCCCCCACCCCCCGGUCUGUUUGCAGGAAUGUGGCCUGCUGCGGAAGGGGACAGUGCUACUGGCUGACAACGUGAUCUGCCCAGGUGCGCCAGACUUCCUAGCACACGUGCGCGGGAGCAGCUGCUUUGAGUGCACACACUACCAAUCGUUCCUGGAAUACAGGGAGGUGGUGGACGGCCUGGAGAAGGCCAUCUACAAGGGCCCAGGCAGCGAAGCAGGGCCCUGACUGCCCCCCCGGCCCCCCUCUCGGGCUCUCUCACCCAGCCUGGUACUGAAGGUGCCAGACGUGCUCCUGCUGACCUUCUGCGGCUCCGGGCUGUGUCCUAAAUGCAAAGCACACCUCGGCCGAGGCCUGCGCCCUGACAUGCUAACCUCUCCGAACUGCAACACUGGAUUGUUCUCCUUUUUUAAGACUCAAUCAUGACUUCUUUACUAACACUGGCUAGCUAUAUUAUCUUAUAUACUAAUAUCAUGUUUUAAAAAUAUAAAAUAGAAAUUAAGAAUCUAAAUAUUUACAUAUAACGCGACUUAGUACAUCCUUCUCAACUGCCAUUCCCCUGCUGCCCUUGACUUGGGCACCAAACAUUCAAAGCUCCCCUUGAUGGACACUAACGCUAAGGGUGGGGCCCCUAGCUGGCUGGGUUCUGGGUGGCACGCCUGGCCCACUGGCCUCCCAGCCACAGUGGUGCAGAGGUCAGCCCUCCUGCAGCUAGGCCAGGGGCACCUGUUAGCCCCAUGGGGACGACUGCCGGCCUGGGAAACGAAGAGGAGUCAGCCAGCAUUCACAUCUGUCUGACCAAGCAGGCGCUGGGGACAGGUGGACCCCGCAGCAGCACCAGCCCUUCUGGGCCCCAUGUGGCACAGAGUGGAAGCAUCUCCUUCCCUACUCCCCACUGGGCCUUGCUUACAGAAGAGGCAAUGGCUCAGACCAGCUCCCGCAUACCUGUAGUUGCCUCCCCGGCCCAUGAGUGAGGAUGCAGUGCUGGUUUGUGUCCACCUACACCCAGAGCUGCCCCCAGCUCCUCCAAGGGGUCAGACUGCUAGCCACCUCAGAGGCUCCAAGGGCCCAGUUCCCAGGCCCAGGACAGAGAUCAACCCUGUGCUAGCUGAGUUCACCUGCAUCCAGACCAGCCCCUAGCCAAGAUUCUACUCCUGGGCUCGAGGCCUGGCUAGCCCCCAGCCAGCCCACUCCUAUGGACAGACAGACCAGUGAGCCCAAGUGGACAAGUUUGGGGCCACCCAGCGACCAGAAACAGAGCCUCUGCAGGACACAGCAGAUGGACACCUGGGACCACCUCCACCCAGGGCCCUGCCCCAGACGCGCGGAAGCCCCUGACACAAGGGAGAAGCCAGCCACUUGUGCCAGACCUGAGUGGCAGAAAGCAAAAAGUUCCUUUGCUGCUUUAAUUUUUAAAUUUUCUUACAAAAAUUUAGGUGUUUACCAAUAGUCUUAUUUUGGCUUAUUUUUAA